CACACACACGCGGUUUCAGUUAGUUAGUAGUACAUCACUUCCUCGUGCUAAACUGCUUAUUAGUCUUCUACACAUCGAUUGAUCGUGUGAUGGCGGCAAUGAUGGUCGUGAAUACGCCGGCCAGUUCUUCUAUCACGCGGCCGAACGCUGGCUACUCCUCCUCCGGCGGCGGCCUACCAUGCAGGGUGCUGCAGAUGCGACCGAGUAGAGCUCCCCGGCCUGCCGUCGCUAGAGCAGUCGCCAAGAACAGGCCGGAAGUCGGAGGAAAUGCUGCGAGCAUGCCAAAUCUGGUCGAGAAGAAUGCUAGAGAGACUCGAACAAAGAAGCAGCUCCACAAACCUCAAGAAGCGCCAACGUAUCAGGAAAGUAUACAUCGCCAACUUUCCAUGGUGGAUGUGCUCCAAAAGAUCGGUAUAUCUCGGCAUUUCGCCAGUGAGAUCAAGAGUAUCCUGGAUUUUACAUACAGUUAUUGGUUACAAAGAGAUGAGAUCAUACUGGGCGCGGAGACAUGUGCCAUGGCGUUCCGCAUCUUACGGAUGAAUGGGUACAAUGUAUCAGCUGAUGGCCUGUCGCAUAUCUCCACCGAUCUGAGUGACACGAGAUCUUUGUUGGAAUUAUACAAGGCUUCACAAGUUAGCACUUCGGACGAUGAGUUGAUUCUGGACAGUAUCGGAUCCUGGUCAGGUCACCUACUGAAGCAACAACUGACAUCUACUGAGGCUCAAAGAGCCCCACUCCUAAGAGAGGUAGAACAUGUUCUUGAUAGCCCCUUCUACACCAUGUUGGAUCGUCUCGAGCAUAAGAGGAACAUCGAACAAUUUGAUGUAAUCGAGCAUCCCAUCCUACAAUUGACUUGGCAGACAAAUCAAGAUCUCCUAGGUUUGGGUGUCAUGGAUUUCUAUACAAGUCAAUCUAUUUACCAACAAGAAUAUCAACAUCUCGACAGUUGGGUGAAAGAGAGCAGGCUGAACCAGCUACCUUUCGCACGACAGAAGUUGGCAUAUUUCUACCUCUCAGCUGCCAGCACCAUGUUCCCUCCAGAGCUAUCUGAUGCUCGCAUCCUAUGGGCCAUGAAUGGUGCACUCACAACAGUUGUCGAUGACUUCUUUGAUGUCGGGGGAUCAAAAGAUGAAUUGGAGAACCUCACCGCAUUGGUCGAGAUGUGGGAGAAUCAAGAGGAAACCGAGUACUUCUCUGAACAAGUCGAGAUCGUGUUCUCUGCAAUCUAUAGCUCAGUGAACGAGCUUGGAUCAAAGGCUUCCGCAGUUCAAGGUCGCGAUGUCACUGGUCACCUAGUAGAAAUCUGGCAAGAAUUGCUACGGAAUAUGAUGACCGAGGUGGAAUGGAGAACGAGCGGAUACGUGCCAACUCUAGAUGAGUACAUAGAAAAUGCGGUUGUGACAUUUGCGUUGGGCCCAAUUGUGUUGCCGGCUUUGUAUUUUGUUGGACCAAAGAUCACGGAGUCUAUGGUCAUAGAUCCUGAGUACAGUGAGUUGUUUAGGCUGAUGAGCACCUGCGGCCGUCUUCUGAACGACGUCCAAACCUAUGAGAGGGAGUACAAAGAGGGUAAACUGAACAGCGUCUCUCUACUCGUGCUUCACAGUGAUGGCUCUAUGACCAUACCAGAAGCCAGGAUGAAGUUGCAAAAGCCCAUAGACACGUGUAGAAGAGACCUCCUAAGGUUGGUCCUCAGGGAAGAUAAUGUCAUACCUAGGCCUUGCAAAGAACUGUUCUGGAACAUAUGCAAGACAUGCUACUUUUUCUAUUAUGAGGGAGACGCAUUUAGCUGCCAAGAGGAGAAGGCUGGUGCGGUGGAUGCGGUGAUACAUGAUCCACUCCAACUCCCGAUGAAUCUACUCUCUGAACUCGAUUUAUCUACUUUGCGUGAGAGAAUAAAGAUUGAGUAUUAACUCAUUUUUAUACUGUUGUGCGCGGUCAUUUGUGAAGAUGCAUAUCCAUCCUUGUGUUA